GCUUGACGGUCGAUAUACUUUUUCGGUGCGCAGGGAGGAGUCAGGCGAUACUUUCUUCAUUAAAACUGACAUGUUUACAGGAUUAACAGUAAUUUUACAACAUGCAUUUCUCCGUAUACCCAUAAUGUAGUUCGUGUGCGUCGCUGACGAAAAUCCAUCGAUCGGUUAUCAGAUAAUCUUCAUGUAAAAGAUCGAAGGAAACAGGAAGGCGGAACAAAAUCGCAGAGUCCCGGGCUCGAGUCCUAACAUCUAAAGACCUCCACAGCAACAAGUCUGCACAGGUUAUUUACACAACCUUUUGACUGUUUCCGUUUCAGAAGUGAAUAAUUCACCAGAGGCAUCCCAACGAAUCCUCCACCACCAUCACAUGCAACCAUGUCCCUGGCUCUGAAACAAGUGUUCAACAAAGACAGGACAUUCCGGCCCAAGCGCAAGUUCGAGCCUGGAACACAGCGCUUCGAGCUGCACAAGAAAGCCCAGGCGUCGCUGAACGCAGGCCUGGACCUGAAGCAGGCCGUGCAGCUGCCCCACGGCGAGGACCUCAACGACUGGGUGGCCGUCCACGUGGUUGACUUCUUUAACCGCAUCAACCUCAUCUACGGCACCAUCAGUGACUCGUGCACCGAUCAGACCUGCCCCGUCAUGUCCGGCGGGCCCAAGUACGAAUACCGCUGGCAGGACGAGCACAAGUACAAGAGGCCCACCACCCUGCCAGCCCCCAAAUACAUGAGCCUGCUCAUGGACUGGAUCGAGGUACAAAUCAACAAUGAGAAUAUCUUCCCUACUAAUGUCGGUACGCCCUUCCCUAAGAGCUUCAUGCAGGUGGCUAAGAAGAUUUUGUCACGUCUGUUCCGGGUUUUUGUCCACGUCUACAUCCACCACUUUGACCGUGUGAGCCAGAUGGGGGCCGAGGCUCACGUCAACACCUGCUACAAGCAUUUCUAUUACUUUGUCAUCGAGUUCAACCUCAUGGACCACAAAGAGCUGGAGCCUCUGAAAGAGAUGACGGCUCGGAUGUGCCACUGAAGAACCCGCGGACGCAGCGAACAAACACAUCCGUCCACCUGGAAGUCUGACUCGGAGAGCGGAAAGAACGGAGCAGAAAAGAAACAAAUUCAGAGUCUAUUUUUUAUAUUUAAGUACUGUAAUCUAUUUUAGCCACAUUGUAGGUUUUAACAAAGAACCUCGUCGUGUGAGGCGUUCUGUUCCUUUUAAAAGAAAGAGAGGAGAGAAAAAAAAAAGAUUUUUCAGACAUCCUAUCUGAGCACAGUAUUAAGAGAUGUAUGUUUGUGUCGGUGUUUUUCUAUUUUAUUUGAAUCUCAAUCAUUCCAGGAUACUAUUUUCUGUCUCUUUUGUUUUGAAAUGAUCUAAAAAAAGUAUGUUUUCUAACUGUAUGUCUUAAAUCAUAGUGUUGUUACAUUAAAGUGAUUCUCUACUAUACAA